AUGGGUUUUCCCUGGAAACUUUCUUCCCGGUACGAGCGCAACUGUGGGCAGUGGGUGGCGCCGACUCGCCGCCCAGCUGACCUCCUGUGCCUGACCCAGGCCCAGGCCUCCAACGGCUGGAUCAGCGGCCUUUCCAGGUCUUCCUUCGGAAAGCGCUUCCAGCUCUGGAACCUAGGACUCUUUUGCAACGAGCGCCACCUGGCUAAGCGCCUCAAGAGCAACAGCUUCUACCCUUUCACGGAGCUGCAGCCCAACGUCUUCCAGCUGGAGUACUACCUGGACACUCUGUGGAAGGGGAUGCUGCUCUUUCUCGUCGGCCUCUUCCUGCUCAGCUUCGGCUUGGUGAACCAGGUGCAGAAGCAGCAGACGUGGGUCUUCCCCGCGUACGGGGUGGCCGUGGGCCUGUGGAUCAUGAUCUCAUCUCUGCCGCGCCGUCGCCUGGUGCUGAACCAAGAGCUCGGCAUGUACAACUUCUCCAUCCAGGGCCACACCGUGUUUCAGGGACCCUUGCACCUGCUCUACGUGCGCCUGGCGCUCAGCUCUGACGCUUAUGGAAGGUGCUUCUUCCAACUGGUUCUGUGCGGCCACAAGCUGGAGCCGCUGGUGCUGGUGCAGCUGUCCGAUCGCUACGAGCAAAUGGAAUUCCUGGGCCGUCACAUCGCCCGGAAGCUCAACAUUAACUACUUCGACUGCCUGACUACGUCCUACCGGCACGUGGUCCGCCACUGGCCCCUGGGGACCACCGUCAGCCCCAGGGUCUGGCAGCGCAAGACCAGGGCCUGCGACAAAAGCUGCCAGUCGGACCUGGACCUGGACGUGUGACCCUGCAGC